GGCGAAGGGAGUGUAGUAUUUUUUUUCGAGCGACGAUGAGGUGUUGCGAACAGCUGAGGUGAUUUCCGCAGAAUUAUCAUUCACGAAUGACCUAGGAUUUGCUCCUAUAAAAAGACGGGCAAGUCAUACUACGUUCAUAAUCUGUCUGCCAAGCAACCAAACCUCAGCGAGGCAAAGCUUUCAUCAACCCACGACCUGCGAAGAACGCCAGCUGGAAAUAUGAGCGAGAGCAAAGCCAAAUCGCUGCCUGGCCCAUGGGGGUUGCCGAUCUUGGGUAACCUGCUAAACCUCGGCAGUGACGAGCCGCACGUAGCUCUGAUGAAAUUAGCCAAAGAAUACGGCAACGUCUAUCAAAUUCGACUAGGCAGUCGACCUGUGGUUGUACUUUGUGGCCAGGAGGCUAUUAGGAGUGCUCUUGUACGGCAGCCGGUGGCUUUUGCGGGUAGACCUGAUCUUGCAUCUUUCCAAUUUAUCAGAAAGAACACAGAUGUAACCGUCGCUUUUCAGACAAACGAUGCGACCUGGAAAUUGCAUCGUAAACUCGCCGAGUCCUCGAUUCGAUUCUUCGUCUCGGGACAACGAAAAUCGAGCCUCGAAUCAACUGUUACGCAAGAGGUCGAAUCGCUGAUCAACUACUGGACCAACAAUAACAAUAACGACGACAACCUGCAGAUCGACCCCGUUAAUUUGAUCAAACUUUCAGUGAGUAACGUGAUGUUAUGGUGCAUCCUCGGCAAGCGACAUUCACUCGAUGAUUCUCGACUUCGCGAAUUUGUAUCGAAAUCAGACGAUUUCGCUGUAGCAGUCGGUAGUGGAAACAUCGCAGAUUUCAUGCCGUGGGUUCGUUUCGUCACAGUUCGUACCACGCAAAAUCUCAAAAAGCUACUUAACACAUUCCGUGGUUGGUUUAUGCCAUACAUCGAGGAGCAUCGCCUCCAGUACGAGCAGGACUCUGAGAAGGAUAUUCUCGAUUACCUCGUCACGUCGUCGAACAAACUUGACGAGGCAGACCUCCAGCAACUAGGAGUGUCCCGUGAAGCAUUGCAAAUCUCGACUGUAUUCGACCUCUUUGGUGCCGGGUUUGACACCACGUCCGCCAUCAUCACCUGGCAGCUGUACUACGCGAUCCGUCAUCCCGCUGUCAUUGCCCGAGUCCAAGCCGAGCUCGACGAUGUCGUUGGACGAGACCGCCUCCCAAACCUCACCGACCGUGAUCACCUCCCACUGACUCAGGCGUUUCUGCUCGAGACCUUCCGUCACUCGUCCGUGGUGCCGUUCACCAUCCCGCAUAGUACGACCACGGAUACCACCCUCCUCGGCUACCAUAUCCCUAAGGACACCGUAGUCUUCGUCAACCUCUACUCGGUCCAUCAUGAUCCAGAUACAUGGCACCGACCAUCCGACUUCGACCCAGAGCGCUUCAUCGACAACGAAACCGGUCUCGUUGAUAAGACAAAGGCGGAUGCCAUCAUGCCAUUCGGAGCUGGGCGGAGGCGAUGCAUCGGCGCUGAAAUGGGCCGCAUCCAAUCAUUUCUUUACUUUGCUAUUUUGAUACACCAGUGCCAUGUCAGUUCCUUAGACAAAGCAUCACUGGACAAUAAGCCUAUCUAUGGCCUGACCAUGCGACCUUCACCUUUCAACAUCUGCGUGAGUAGGAGGUAAUACCUCACCAAACAAUUAUAACAAAACUGCCUCAUCUCUGUCAUCAGCUUUAAUAUUAUUCAUCGAAAAGAAGAUCAGAGAAGUGACUAAUUUGUUUACAUCAUUCUUAUGAACGGUCUACUUUCUUUCCCAUCUGCUUAUUCAACCACUUUAUCCAAUUAGAGAAGUCAGUUCUUAACUGUUUUAAUGGUAGCAUUGCUGCACGUAUAUUUUAUCAGAUAUCAGAAUUAAAAUCAUAAAGAAUCUUUGUGGACGAAAACACUUAAAAUUACAUACUUGAACUCCGGAAGUAUUAUAUUUCUCUUUUAUUUGUUGAUAAAUUCAAUUCAUUGCAAUUUUUCUUCCAUUAUAUAUGUCACGUUUCCCAUUAUCCAGAAUUUUAUUUUAACAGUAAUAGCGACGACCUUCUCUUCUUGUGUGUUAAAUUUAAUAGAAGAAUGUUGUAACAUUGAGACAAUUAUUAACAGUUUUACUUUUUUUUUACAAGAACAACCAAUUAGAACGCAAUUUACCCGAAAGGCGUUUCUGAUUGAUUGAUUUGCGGUUAGUCAUGCAGUAUCACUUAGUCGAAAGACGAUGGAUGUAAAUAUCAUAUUGUAUAUUGUAAAUACCAACGGGACUAUUUUUGUGUAUAUUUGGUAAUGUGAAAAUCAUAUUUAUUCAAUGUAAAUACAGACUAAUGUUUAGGCAUUUAUAUACAUACAUGUAAAAACUUAAUAAUUUGUUUAUGUGAAAUCAUAUGGUAUUAAAUUUACCUCAUUAUUUUUUUUUACGUAUUGCAUAGUGGCAGUUCAUAUUACUGCUUAAAAGAGAUGACACUAUUACAAAAAACGUGAAAUAUCACAAUCCAGGAUAUCACAUGACGUUGAACAUAAUGAACGCUGAACCGUCCUUUUUAACAUGUUUGAGAUUGAUAAGCUGAUUUCUUUUUGUCAACCCUUACUCCACAAAUAAUAUAAGCAUUUACACUCGUGGAAUGUAUAAAUGCACAUCUUUAAAGAAUAUUUUCGACCAAAUACGGACUCUAAGUAUGACACUCAUUUUCAAUAAAAACGGAAAAACAGGUAUUAUUGCAUUAUUAAAUUUAAAAAACAACCUCCAGAAUGUGUUUUAUUUUCAUACUUUGCGCUUUGAUAAAUGUGUAAUAUAUUCAACUAAGAUAUUUUGAAUGUUUUCAAAUAAUCCUUUGUUAACGGUGCACUACAUGUAGUGAUACAUUUUGGUAUUGAAUUGCAAAUAUUUGUAUUCAGUUUUAAUUUAAUUGUUUCUAAUUGAUUUUAACCUAGUUGAUUCACCAAUUUGAAAUACCACUUUGAAAAAAAAUAUAUAAUUCGCAAAUCGUCAUAAAAAGAAUUUGGUUUACCUGCUAUUAAAAAAGAAAAUAUUGAGUGAUAUAUUGUAUUACCUGUAUAUCACGAAGGCUGUAUAAGUUACCGUUAAAUCAUAUGAGUACGUCUUUGAAAGAGUUAAAAGAUUGAUUUAUAAUAUACUGACUGAUUAUUUUUUGGUUAAGAUUCCAAAAUUAUUAACUUGCUAACACCCAUUUACUUUCAUUAGUUCGAUAUUACAAAAACCGUCUAGCAUAAGCACAAAAAGAGAACUAGAAAUACAACUCCUAUCAUGCCAAUACUUUCGUUAUACCAAAACCCUUUGAAAAUCAAGAUUUUUAGAUAAAAUGGUUGCCACUUUAAAAUGCCAUCUCAGGAAAACAAUUGUAGUGAGUAAACUUGAUUCUAUUCUUUACUUUCGUUUGUAUAAUUAACGACCAUUCUAACUUAGCUAAGAAUCUUUAUUUUUAAGAAUGGACAAGAAAUGUACAUUAUUUGUAUCCUCGUGUCUGGAACAUUUAGAGCCAAUUUGGAAGACUCUUUAAUAAAAUGAGAAAAAAAUA